AUGAAGAUGAAGAAGAGGAAGGACAUAGAUUCUGGGAAGAUAGGAGAAAAUGGUGUGAAGAGGAAGGUUGCAGUUCAACCAAUGCAUCUCCCUCGCCGCAGUGCACCUGCUAAGAGUGCUGACGUGGAAGAAGCUGCAAGUGAUCAGUCUGUUCUGGGCAAGCAGCUAGCAGAAGAGGUUGAUGCACAACCAAAUCAGCUGGAAACUUGUUUGGAACCUGGCUUGGGAACUGCAACUGCAAAUCUAGAGCCUGGGGAGGUGAAAACCCAAACUGGAAAACAGAUCAUGAAUCCAGAACCAGGAACAAGCACCACAAAUGAUGUUGCUGAUGUGCCACCCCUCCGGAGGAUAGACCAACGGGUAGGAAACUGCUUCCCGGCUCUCCACCAAAGAAGCCUAUUUACCCCAGCCUGCGUCAGAGGAGGAAGAAGAGGAAGUGGUCAGUAG